GGCAUUGAUUCGUAUGGUGAUAAAAAUUUGCAGUAAGUAACAAGUUUUCUCAUCACGGAAAGAUUCCUCCAUGUCCUGGCAGGCAGCUAAGCCAACCUUAUUAUAUAUAUAAAUAUAUAAAGGCAAAGCCAACGAGCAUAUUUGUUAAUCUUGUUGUCUACUUAGCCAACUCUUUUAUUUAUUCUAUUCUAUUCAAUUCAGUUCAGUUCCGAACCCUGUUCUGUGUGCGAUGGCAACAACAUCAACGCCACAACCAGAUUCAUCUUCAAAUUUGAGUAUAACAGUGGAAAGCAAUCCUUCCGAUUCAAGACUAUCUGAACUGGGGAUUCAGUCAUGGCCUAAAUGGGGAUGUCCACCAGGGAAAUAUAUGCUGAAAUUUGAGGCCGAAGAGACAUGUUAUUUGGUGAAAGGGAAAGUGAAGGUGUAUCCAAAAGGGUCGUCUGAAUAUGUAGAGUUUGGAGCAGGUGAUCUUGUCACCAUCCCUCAGGGUCUUAGUUGUACUUGGGAUGUCACCGUCUCUAUUGAUAAACACUAUAAAUUUGCUUCUUCUUCUUCCUCAUAAAUUCUACCAUCUUCUGUACCAUCUCUAAUCUCUCCUUUUCUAACCUUAUCUAUUAAUAUUAUACACUAAAGAGAUUAUCUAAAA